CCCCCGGGGUGCUGUAAACAUGGCUGGAAGCAGCGGCAGCGGCAGUGCCGGCGGCGCGGUGCCGGAGUACGAGGUGCCCGAGUUGCACACGCGCGUGUUUCACGUGGGUUCCUUUGGCGCGCUCUGGAAGCAGAACCUGCACCGGGCAGACCUGGCGGUGCAGGGGGCGGUGGCCGAGGACGGGGCUGCCGCCGUGGCGGAGGAGUUGGGCUGCGGGCUGGAGACUGCAGCAGAGCUGAGGGCGGUGUGCAGUAUUGACAUGUUAAAGUCCACUGAUAAAGAAGAAGAUCCAGAGAUUAUUUCUGAAGACAGCAGCCUAGUAACUCUUCGAAUUAGAAAGAAGGCCCUGGAGAGGCGAGAAGAAACCAUAAUUGUAGAUCGCACUUGCAGACAAGAAACAUUUACUUAUGAGAUGGAGUCUCAUGCAACUGGAAAGAGGCCAAAAGAUCCAGCAAAUCUAAUUGAGGAAGGAGAACUUUUCCUAACUCUGAACAUCUUCUAUCCUGUCAUAUUUCAGAAGCAUAAAGAUCACAAACCUUAUCAGACAGUGCUUGUGUUGGGCAGUCAAAAACUCACUGAGCUCAGAGACUCCCUUUCCUGUGUCAGCGACCUUCAGAUGGGUGGUGAGUUCAGCAGCCACCCUGACCAGGCACCAGAGCACAUUAGCAAGGAUCUCUACAAAUCUGCUUUCUUUUAUUUUGAAGGCGUUUUUUACAAUGAUAAAAGGCACCGAGAGUGCAGAGAUCUGAGCAGAACAAUUAUUGAGUGGUCAGAAUCUCAUGAUAGAGGCUAUGGGAACCUUCAGACUACUAAAAUGGAGGACUACACGUUUAAUGACUUGUCCAUCAAAAUUGGUUUUCCAUACCUCUUCUGUCAUCAAGGAGAUUGUGAGCAUAUCAUUAUCAUCACAGACAUAAGGCUUGUUCAUCAGGAUGACUGCCUGGACAGAACCCUGUAUCCUUUGCUAAUCAAGAAGCAUUGGUUAUGGACUAGAAAAUGCUUUGUAUGCAAAAUGUAUACAGCCAGGUGGGUGACUAAUGAGGACAGUCUCGCUCCAGAGGACCCCUGUUUCUUCUGUGAUGUUUGUUUUCGAAUGCUCCAUUAUGAUGCAGAAGGCAAUAAACUGGGAGAGUUCCUUGCUUACCCUUACGUUGACCCAGGGACUUUCAACUAAGGCUUCAACAAGAAUGAAUUCAGUGAACUGGAACUAUGAAUCUGCUGCAGUGGCGGUUGGGUGGUUCUGAACAGAUGUAGUCUGAAAUACUGCUUAGGCCAUCGUUUCUUUGUUCAGUAGCGAGGGUUCCUGUGCACAUCAAGUUUUUGAAUCUUGUUGGUAAUCUAGAAAGGGAGCAUUUACUUUUACACAAUGGAUUAGUGUGGAGGAAACAGCCUCAGCCAUGCUUCAUUUUAACUAUGAAAAUGUAAAAGUAUUGUUUACUUAAAAAAAAAAAAAGUGCCUACAGUACAUUAAAUGUGGAACUAUAGACUUCUAGGCAGAGAGACUAACACUUACAAAUCUGGGUGUCCAAAGCUAGGGUCCUGAAUAAAAGAAAUCUGAUCUUUAAAAGC